CUGUGAAGACUGUAGAGAGACAGCAGGAGGAAGGAAAACCUGAUGAGAGAGUCAGGUGGAGGAAACAUACUGACACGUGUAGCAGCAGGUGGAUCACACAGCAACCUGGAUUAUAAACAAGCAUCUCUCUCAAAGGAAGCUCCUGUUUUGUUUUGUUUUGUCUUUCACUUUUACAACCAGAACCUGAGCAGGAGAGGAUGGGAUUCAUGCUGUGUUCUGCUCUGGGCCAUAAAGUGGGUCAACACCUGAGAAGGAGCUGAAAGGAGAAGCAGAACUGAGGCAGUUUUGUCCUGGGAAGGACUGAACAGACGGAGAAAAUGCAGAAUUACAAAGAAAAUACUUCCCGUUUUUAGCAACAGAAAUAAACAUAAACAGUUGAUUCCUUGUCCUUUUAAAUGUACACACGGCUAAUAGUUGAAAUUUUAGCUCAAGUAAAUGGAUUGUUUUGGUGUUUUGUAGCAUUUGAGCAGCUCCAGUUUGCAUUUUGACAAACUGUGUUACAUCCCUAAACUGGUUUUACAGGCUGAACUAAUGCAGCUGCUGGAAAUCUACCUGGCUGAUCAGCUGUAGCUUCUGCUAGAGGAAGAAACUGAGCAGCUCUUGUUUUGGAUAAAGAUAACUCAGCAUCUCUCACCUCAACCCCAAAGGCCAAACAUUCCAAGUGAUCGACAGUAAAAGGAGGCAGCGUUUCCUCCUCAUCCGCACAGAAAAGGCUCCACCAUGCAGACUCCAGGACCCGAGCAUGACGAUUCCUUUGAUUUUCUGUUCAAGAUCAUACUGAUCGGAGACUCCAACGUGGGGAAAACCUGUGUGGUUCAGAAUUUCAAGUCUGGGAUUUUCUCAGAGAAGCAGCAGAACACAAUCGGGGUGGAUUUCACUGUACGAACUGUGGAUAUCGAUGGGAGGAAAGUGAAGAUGCAGGUGUGGGACACGGCGGGUCAGGAGAGGUUUCGUACCAUCACCCAGAGCUACUACCGCAGCGCUCACGGAGCCAUGAUCGCCUACGACAUCACAAGACGCUCCACCUUUGACUCAGUGAAUCACUGGAUCAAGGAGGUGGAGCUGUACGGAGCCGCCAACGUCGUGCUGGUUCUCAUAGGUAACAAAUGUGACCUGGAGGAUGAACGGCAGGUUCAGUUCGAGGAGGCCUGCAAUCUAGCAAAGGAGAGAGGGAUCCUAGCUGCUCUAGAAACAUCUGCAAAGGAGAGUCAGAAUGUAGAAGAAGCCUUCCUGAUGAUGGCCAGAGAGCUGUUGUCUCGUAAUGGCCUUUAUGUCCAGCAGGGGGACUUGGACGGCAGCACACCUCACAUUCUCCUCAGAUCCAAUUCUCGGCCAGUCGAUGGCGCUGCAGCUGCAUAUACGCCUCCAGAGAAGAAGACGUGUUGCUGAUGCACAGGAGGAGAGGAUGGGGAUGUUAGAGAUUGUAAAUUGAAGGACUUGAAUUAUUAAAAUAUUCGAGAGAAAUGGAAGAAAAGUGUUUGGAUGUGUGUCAGAACCAUCAGGACCUCGAUAACCAAGAACCUUUGCAUUGAGGAAGUUUAGGAAAAUAUUGUAAAGUAUUAAAAACAAUUCAGUGUAGUUUCUGGGACCUAGCUGACCUGAGAGAACUGUGAACCAGGCAUUUUUAAUAGUAAACAGAUAAGAGAUAGUGGUGAUUGUGUUGGGUGUCAUCAGUGUUCUAGGAAGGUUACAGUAACCAGUCUCAUUUGCAUCAAUUAUACCUGAACUGUUUGUUUUUUAGUAAAUGCUAUGUUUUUUAAUGUCACACCAGGAAACAGAUUCACGGUUCUGUAUCUCUUCUGUGUUUUUACAUUGGAAUUACUGUUCUUUGUGUUGUAUUUUGUCUAAAUUCUGUCUUCAUGCUUCGCUCUGCCGAGAAAACUUUUGAAAACUUGGAAAAGGACAACAAGAUGAGACUUCAACCCUUCUUGUGAUGCCGCUCUAAUGAGCUGUAAUGCUGGAAAACAUCCACGAGAACUUGCUGCAAACCAAAACACUGUGAAUUAUGCAUAUUUGUUUGACUUUGUCUCGUGAUAGUUCCAAACAUGACGAGAUCUCAGUUUGUCAUAAACUGCUUUGGUUGUGUUCCAAAUGAUUUCUUUCAGUUUCUUUUUAGUUCGAAUAAUAAAUCAGGGUCAAGACUGACCUGCUGUGAGGAACAA